UUUAAUGAUUACAGAUAAACAGACCUCGUAUAUGGAGAUAUACAGCACCAGUCAGGUAACAAACACCAAGUCUAGACUUAACAGCUAGUCUGCUAUUGUAACUACAGUGAGUGGAUUCAGUAGUCUUAUCAAAAUGUCGUUCGGAGUUUAUCAAUUUGACCCUGGCAAUCUGGAUGUGUCGACGUCUAUGCAAACAGACUAUGAUGAUAACGGAUACAUUGUGUACAAGCAGUUUCUCGAUAAAGAGGAGCUCACUAAUAUUUUGAAAGUUCUCGAGGAUCCAGACUUGAUUAACAAUCACGGAUACGGCGUUCCAGAUGGUCUCGGUACAAAGGCUAAGAUGGUCAUUUGGAGUCAUCCAGGAAGUGACGUUACAGGCAUGCUAGCUCGGAGUGAAAAAGUCGUAAACACUUGCGAGCAGCUGAUGGGUGGAGGUGAAGUUUACCAUUAUCACGCAAAAUUUAUCCGGAAAGAUGCAUUUGACGGCGGCUCUCACCUUUGGCACCAGGACUAUGGAUACUGGUAUCAAAAUGGAUGUCUGUUUCCGGAGGAAAUGAUAACAAUAUUUGUUGCUAUUGAUAAGUGUGAGAAAGAGAAUGGAUGUCUCCAGAUCCUGAAAGGUUCUCAUAAAUGUGGUAGAAUAGAGCACAAACCGGUGGCCGGACAGACGAUGGCUGACAUGGACAGGGUUAACGCUAUUAAAGAAAAGUGUCCUCUGGAGCAUGUGGAGCUGAAUCCCGGUGACGCUCUAAUCUUUCAUGCCAAUUUGAUCCAUACCAGUGCUCCAAAUACUAGCCCAAAGAGGCGUUGGGCGUUGCUCCAUUCAUACAACAAGAAAUCCAACGACCCAAUCUAUAAACAUCACCAUCCGAACUAUACACCUCUUACCAAGGUUAAGGACAAUAGCAUAAAGGAAUGCAGAAACUACACUGACUUUUCCGGGAAGGAUUUCAUGGAUCCAAAAUCUGACAAGACGACAGAGGGAAAAAAAUAGUGAAACAAAUAAUAUCACUGACACCAAUGAAUGGUUGUUAAAGCAAUAUUUUGUUGAACAUUUACAUCAAUAAUACGCUAAAUCAAGAAUAUUCAAAUACAAUUAAUUCUAGUUGUUAAUACUAACCCUUGAGCCUGUUUGUUAAUAGAACAAUGCUAUUCGAGGAUGGACUUAUUUCCAGCUUAAUACAAUCGGAUGUGGAAGUUGACGUAAUUGAUACAAUAAAUACUAAAAUUGAUGGACAUGAGUUUUUUGUUUAAUAUAACAGGUCUGUAUGUGGAUGCAUUUUAAUGUGGGAGGUACUAAACCA